AUGGGAAACGCUUGUUCAGCCAAAGGGAAUAAAGUGAAGAAGGUAAAGAAGACCUCGAAGGAAGUAGAGAGACUGAAGGAGAUAGUUAAGAUGAAGGAAGAGAAAAUAGGCCAAGAUGUGGGGAAAGAGGAUAAUAGCGUUGGGGAUGAUUACUUUAGAAUUGAUGUCAGGGAUCAGUGGUGACUGGACCUGUUGGCUGAAGGACGAGUGAUGCCAAAAGAGUUCAAAAGUAUACAUAUAUCGCAUUUUCAGGAGGAGAAUGAGGAGAUUAAUCAAUUUUUAACGAAUUCUGUGAGGCAUGAUUUUGAUAUUUUGGAACUCUAAACAGAAGUGGGGAAGAGUUAGAUAUCAAUUUUUACAUUGAAAGUAUCACUGAUGCUUUAAAACAUGUGAGGAAAGAGGUGAAACUCUACUAUUUUACCAUAAAUGCUCAAAAUCUCUCAGAUAUCAUUUCUAGCAUCCCAAAACUCACUGGAACACUGAGCUUUCCAUACUGUACCAUUGACCUAUCAGACUCCUUCGCCCCUACAGUUUCAAGUCCUUUGUCCAAGCUCUCAUUCAAGAACACAGAAUUAUCAACAAAUUUCUUUGAGAAUUUUAUUCCUGAAAUCUCUGGUCUUCCUUCUCUCAAAAGUCUUGUGUGAGAAGAAGAGCAAAUUUCAAAACAAGAGAUUACAGAUCUAUGAACCAAAAAUUCCUUGCAGGAUUUAGAGAUUUGCUUUAUCCCCACUCUAAACCUCAAUCAAAGCUUAUUCCAACCCCCAAAAUCUCGAUUUUCAACAUAAGCCAAAACUCAACAGUAGCCUAAAAUUUCAAUGAAA